UCAAUUUUUCAUGUCGUUCUCACUUCCGAUAGGUCACCGGUAUAAAAAGCAAAGUUGGAAAUUUAGACCGUCAUUCAUUUCGUUGGUUUACCACGAACGUCACCAUGAAAUUGCUGAUUUGUUUCGGCCUGUGUGCUAUCGCAGUGGUUGCUGCUUCGCCAAAACCCGAUGAAAAGUCACUGACUUUUGAGGAAGAUCCUAUUGGAUACCUUAAAGAGUAUUUGGCUGGAUUUUUGGAUAGCAUUUUGAGCAAAGACAAUCAUGAGUUCUCUGAUGACGUCAAAGUAACUAGAAACUCAUACCGUUCCAACGAGAUUUCCAGUCGAAGCAACGCAGAUUAUGAAGACAAAAUCGAAAACUACAUCAAAUCACACGAUGUUCACUUCAAGCUUCCUGUUUUUGGAUCUGUAACGGUUGAAGGAAGAAACUUAGACAGUGAUGAACUAGAUUUUAAAGUCAACUUUGGCACAGGAGUCCAAGAAGCCCGUAAAUCGAAGUUAAAGAAGAUCUUCAUCCCCAUCCUAGUAUUUGUUUUAUUGAAAGCCAUCACUCUAGUGCCUUUGGCUUUAGGAAUCUUGAGUUUGAAGGCGUUUAAUGCUCUCCAAUUAUCCUUCUUCUCGUUCAUCGUAUCUAUAGGAUUGGCCAUCUUCCAAUUAUGUAAAAAGAUUGCCUCGGACAAUGCCGCUGCACAACUGUCAGCUCAUGAAGCUUGGCCAGCGCAACAGUACUAUGCAAGAUCGUUUGAACAGAGUCCACAGAGCUUGGCUUUCUCUGCAUACAGGCGAUGAUAGACCUUUGCAGGCGUUAGAUUUUGUUAAGUUUAUUUAUUGUUAUUUAUUGUUAAUUCGUGUGGAGCAGCAGACUGUUGAAAUGGUUACCUCAAAAAUAAAAAGUU